AGUUGGAGUUUGUGGAGAAAUGGAGAAAACAGACYUAAUUGCACCWAUAACAAGCCUGCAAUUUUCAAAAGAAUUAUUAUUAUCAGGUGAAGGUCCAUAUCUGUGUGUUUACAAUGUAACUGAUGGGGCUAGACUMAACUGCCAGCAUGUCUUAGGGAAUGCUAGGAUUCAUGGUAUCAGAGCCAAUAGCAGGCAAGAAAUCUUGUUCAUUGUAUUUGGUCAAAAGUCCUUGAGAAUCAUCAAAUUAACACCUUUGGAUAAUCAAAUAAGGAUAGAUGAUAUAUCUGAUAUYAUAACAAUACCUGAUCUCAUACUUGAUGCUCAUUGGCUGCAUGAAAACAAUGGAAACUCCUCCAAAGUUGCCAUAGCAACAGCYCAUAAUGCUGUAUGGUGUGUAGAUUACCAGACAARUAGCAAGCAUUUGGUAGCACAAUGUGAAGAGAAUAGUAUUUUAUAUUCAGCUAAAUUCUUUGGCGAAACCCUUAGCAAACUUCUCCUUGCUGCUGGCACAGUAUUCAACCAAGUCUUACUAUGGAAUAUCAAAGAAGCAGAACCACCCAUCAACAAAACAAAAAUCCUCCAUCGACUCACUGGUCAUGAAGGUGUUAUAUUCCAACUUUGCUUUAAUGAUAAUGGCACUUUGAUGGCUUCUGUAUCAGAUGACAGGAGUAUAAGGGUAUGGAGGCUUGUAGUCAAUGAGUCUGGUAUACCUCUGGAGGUAACAGAGCUGCUUGUAAUGUAUGGACAUGGUGCUAGGGUAUGGGAUGCUAAGUUGUUAGCUGGCUGUAUUGUGAGCAUUGGGGAAGAUGCUGUAUGUAAUGUGUGGAAUUAUACUGGAGAACUUGUUAAGACYUUCACAGGUCACUUAGGAAAAAGUAUUUGGAGCCUUGCAGCCAAUGAAAAUAACAACAUCAUUGCAACAGGAGGUGGAGAUGGAAGCAUUCRGCUCUUUUCACUGAAUGACCUUAGUAACCAGGAAACCAUGGAAACAAUAACCACUUAUUUACCUGGCACAGAACAAGGAAUGGUUACUAAGAAGGUCACUGCCAUAGAUACACCUAGAUCAGUCUGCCUGGGGAAUGAUGGGAAGAUUUUUGUCAUGACAUCUGAGGGGUGUUUGUACGAGUAUUUCUGGAGAAAAUCAUUCAAUGAGCCAGAAGUAAACCAAGAGAAUGCUUGGGCGUUGUUGCUGAAAGAUGCAAAUUACUCUUCUUACAGUCUUAUGUCAGUGUCUCCUGACAGAAAACUUAUUGCUUUUGGUAACCUGGUUGGAAAUAUCAAAAUUUGCCUUACUGAAGAGAUUUCUUCAAAAAGUAAAGAACUCACACCUUUUACCAGCAAAGUUCUGAGUCUCMUAUGGUCAUCACCAAUGAAGUCGGCAUAUAAUCUGUUUUCCUGUGGUCCUAAUGGAAUCAUUAUCUGGUGGMAAGUAACUUUGGACGAGGAAAACCAAAUAAAUGUUGAGAAAAUACGGACAUUUUGUAUUCCUUACUCCAAACAAAGAUGGGCAUCUGCAGUUGAAGUUGUGAUGUCAUCAGUUGGWCUCCAUGGUGAUUGUCAUGUGAUAUUUGGCGAUAGAAAAGGAUCRAUUCAUUUGUUUAAUUGCCAAGGAGCGAUGAAGGAUGAUAUUUUAAACCCUAUUCAGAGUCUAUAUGGACUGCAUGGUGUUAUAGGGGUGACACAGCUGUGUUGUCAUGGUAGUGAGUUGUAUUCGACAGGGCGUGAUGGUACAUACAAACAGUACAAGCUGACCUGUGAUAAAAUAGAACUUGUUGAUACCAAAAAGGUAUUCAAAGGAUUAGAGUGGGUUGAGAGAUUGCUGUUCACUGCCAAUGGAGAUCUUGURAUUGCUGGAUUUCAUACUGCUUAUUUUGUAGUAUGGAGCGUAAGCAAGAAUGAAGAACUGYUCAAAGUCAAGUGUGGUGGCGGACAUAGAGCAUGGGAUUUCACUUUCCAUCAACUAGUGGAAUCGCAAAGCGAAGAAGCAGUUUUCACGUACCUGAAAGGAAACAGCAUUAAUACUCACAGAGUUUACAUAAAGAAUCAUAUUACUAAGCCCAUACUGAAGCCCAGUUUCCAUGGCCGAGAGACGACAUGUAUGGUUAACGUUUGCGAUCUUUUUGGUAAUCAAGAAACUAAACGGAAUCACUUGUUUGUAACUGGUAGUGAGGACACAACACUCAAUCUUAUGUCUUAUAAUUACACCACAGGUCAUUCCACUAAACUAUUCACAGCUCAGGGGCAYAUCUCCAGUGUUAGAGCAUUGAGUGUGACUGUGAGCACCUCUAAAACAUCUCUAAAURAUGAAAACGAAGAACAAUCAUCUACCCGAUUUUUACUUUUCUCUGGUGGUGGACGAGCUUCUCUACGGUGUUGGCGUGUCGACCCAACAGUUGUAGGCAGUAAUGGCAUAUUAUCAUCUGCACCUGUGUCGUUUUUAAGCGAGUAUUCGUCGCGAUCAAGUAGCCACAAGAGAAGRAGAAAGCGCAAAGAAGGCCAUUUGCACUCGGAGAUUAGAUUUAUGUCGCUCAGUUCAUUUCCACUGUCUGUUGUCAUGGACGACGGUGACAUACUUGCUGACGUCAGUUUAGGGCUUUAUUGCGUUUUGGCGGCGUGUUCGGAUGGUUUUGUCAGGAUUUUCAUCUAUGAUGAGAAAGAAUCUAAGUUCUUCCUUCUUGCGCAGACUCAGUACUUACUGCGGUGCGUGCUCUCAGUUCAACACGUCGUGUACAAAGAAGAUUCAUCAAAACGUUGCACUGUUUUAGUUUUAGCUGGAGACACGGCGGGAAAAAUCUCCAUGUGGGACAUCACUGAACAACUGAUUCAGUACAUUAGAGAGGAAGCUGAUGAUAUUGACGUAUCCACGGAAACGAGUACUAACACCACAAUAAAGGACAUUGCUAUGACAACAAAUGUUCCUGUUACUAUGGAGACGGGUGCUUCAAAGUCACAUGAUGUUGAUGACGCAGAUUACGACGGCACGAAAAACAAUAAGAAAUACUUUACUAGCUCUCAUUAUAACUAUAAGAAUACCAUUAAGGAUGACACUUCGGAGGAGUCAAAGUUUUCUUGUAUAAAUUUGGUGGAAAGUUCCCUUGGUCAACCGUUGCAUGUGUUCAAAGCACAUCAGUCUGGCGUGAAUGAUAUCUCGAUAUUCCAAGCUGACUCAAGCUUUGUACUCUGCAGUGGUGGUGAUGACAGCGCUUUAUUCAUCGCAGAGUUUCAAGUUUGSUCGACUGACACCGAAGCACGAGCUGUUCACGUGAUCAGGCAAGAAAUUAUCCAAUCAGCGCACACUUCUUCAGUCACUGGUGUAAAACUAUUGGAUGAAAGUACAAUGAUAUCAUCGUCUACGGACCAGCGAUUGAAAAAGUGGAAGAUUGACAAGGAAUCUAUAGAACUGGRCCACGUGACCUUUGUUGAUGUACCUGAUGUACAAGCCAUAGGGUCGUGGGGRACUGGUAUCAAUGGUUGUGUCGUUGUAGCUGUGUGUGGUGUUGGUUUGCAGACAAUAACACAAUAAUCAUAUAAAACAACAGUUUUAUUUUUGUCGAGAAGGCAUUGAAUAUACAGUUUAUUAUAAUGGUCGUCUAGCCUAAUGA